UUUUGCGCGCAAAAUCUGCGCAUAUGCGCAAUUGCGCGCUGAUGUUUUCAUGUGGAAUGUGGAUGUGAUCAUUAAAAAGGGUUUUUCAAAUGAUUUGGUUUCACAGAACAGUUUAUCCAUGGCGUGCUGCUGCCAGCUGCAUCUGGCUGUGGUCUCUAACAUUAACAUUAUUAUUAUUUUAUCACUUACUAAUGUUUUCUUCUGUAUUAAAGAUCGACUCACUAUUGUGCAUGUUCAUAUUCAUCACUAGCGUAUUAUUGAUGCACAUUAGUCAGUUAUGGCUUCUUGACAUUAAAGUUUUUGUUGGGCGUACACGUCUGCAAAGGUUUUGUCAUACUUUUAGACUCUCACACUGUUUGUUUGUGAUGCUAAAUGUCGUCAUGGCAACUUUCCAGUCAUUUAGUUUAAUGUACAUUGUCCAUAAUACUGACAAUUACCAUUCUACUACUUACGGAUCUUUUCUUGGCUUAAUGUAUUUUGUGUACUAUAUAAAAGACAGUAUGUUUAUACUUGUCUUUAAUUCUAUUCAACAGGCAAAAUUUUUCCAGUUCAAAACAAGUCUACCAUUAUUAUUCAGAAACUCAGUCAAACAAUCAUUAAAGGACAUGGUACUUUACAUGUGCAUCUAUGCUGCCAUCAACAUGCGUUUGUCACUGUUGGUUGAUAUACGAUUGCUAUGGUUGCUAUUUGUAAAUGGAGUCAUGAUGCAUUUUGUCUGGCGUCUGAGUUUAAAAUUACACCAUUUGUACCAAGCAGAGCUGCUAGAGUUUCCACUUAUAGCAUCAUUCAGUGAAGAUUCUUCUAGAACAUUAAUAUUAGGACUUGAAUCAAAUAAUUUAUUAAUCAAAUAUCUUGCUUUUAUGGAUCUUGCAAGACUAUCAGUUCAAUCCCCAUCAAGGAGGAGCAAGGUGUAUAGCCUAUCCACUAGUGGGGGACCUGGUUUGUGGAUUAAUAUUUAUAAUAAUUGCAUGUCACAAUUAAAGAAUUUCAUAACGUCACUUGGAGGAAGAGGAGAUGAUGUUGCCAUUGGAUAUACUCCCAGUUUACCUGCUUCUAGUACAGUGACUUAUCGUAAGGGAUGGAGCAAUGAAAUGACCAGACCCACUUUAUCAAGAAGUCAUGUAUAUGCUGAAAGAGCGGUUCUUGCAGGUCAUGUUCAGGAGCUACAUCAUGAAGCCACACCCAAGAGCCACACCCCUAUGAAGAGCCCAAGGGACCAGGUUAAAGAUGCAGUCAGUACACUGUCAUCAUUUAAAAGAGAAAUCAUAAACUAUUUAAAGAAAAAGCCGCUAAUAGCAUAUUUUGUAACUGAGUUGCCCGAGCAAAAGGAGAAGGAACUAUUGUCUGAGAGUUUGCUGUACAUUUGUAUUGUGACCAGUUUGACUCAUUUAGCAGUUCACUCCAGGAUUGAAGAUAAAUAUGGAGUCGUUCAAAUUAAUUUACCAGAGAUUGUCAAGAAAUUUAUAGAAUUAUUGACAUUGCUUCAGAAACGUGUGAGGCAGCCCUUUGGAGCUACAUACUCCAAUGAAUCAGUCAAUCAAUUGGAAAAUGGCAAAUACGGAUUGAGGAAUGCUCUUGAAGAAGGAUUGAAUCUAAUUAGGUUAACUUUUCCAGAUACAAGGUUUAUGAAUUUGACUAGUGAAGAAAAGUUGAAGUUAAGCAAUGUGACUGCUCAAGCUAGCUAAAUGUUACGAGGGCUUGAAAAUGCAACUUGUGUCUUAUAAGAUUUUAUUUAUUUUUGGGUGUUCCUCUGUCUUGAUUUCAUGAAAUGAAAUUCAAUUGUUGCUCAUGAAUAAUAAUAAUAAAA